AUGUCUCACAGAAAGUACGAAGCCCCCAGACACGGUUCGCUCGGGUUCUUGCCCAGAAAGAGAGCUGCCAGACAAAGAGGUAGAGUUAAGGCCUUCCCCAAGGACAACAAGUCGAAGCCCGUCGCUUUGACCGCCUUCCUCGGUUACAAGGCUGGUAUGACCACCACCGUCAGAGACUUGGACAGACCCGGUUCCAAGAUGCACAAGAGAGAAAUUGUCGAAGCCGCCACCGUCAUCGACACUCCUCCCAUGGUCGUCGUUGGUGUCGUCGGUUACGUCGAAACCCCCAGAGGUUUGAGAUCGUUGACCACCGUGUGGGCCGAACACUUGUCGGAAGAAGUCAGAAGACGCUUCUACAAGAACUGGUUCAAGUCUAAGAAGAAGGCUUUCACCAAGUACUCCGCCAAGUACGCCAAGUCGCCUGAGGAAGUCGAAAGAGAACUCCAAAGAAUCAAGAAGUACGCUUCGGUCGUCAGAGUGCUCGCCCACACCCAAAUCAAGAAGACCCCUCUUGCCCAAAAGAAGGCUCACUUGGCCGAAAUCCAAAUCAACGGUGGCUCGAUCUCCGACAAGGUCGACUGGGCCAAGGAACACUUCGAAAAGGAAGUGUCGGUUGACUCGGUUUUCGAACAAAACGAAAUGGUCGACGUCAUCGCCGUCACCAAGGGUCACGGUUUCGAAGGUGUCACCCACAGAUGGGGCACCAAGAAGUUGCCCAGAAAGACCCACAGAGGUUUGAGAAAGGUUGCUUGUAUCGGUGCCUGGCACCCGGCCAACGUCAACUGGACUGUUGCCAGAGCCGGUCAAAACGGUUACCACCACAGAACCUCGAUCAACCACAAGCUUUACCGUGUGGGUUCGGGUGCUGACGAAGCCAACGGUGCCACCGAAUUCGACAGAACCAAGAAGACCAUCAACCCCAUGGGUGGUUUCGUCAGAUACGGUAUGGUCAACAACGACUUCUUGUUGCUCAAGGGCUCGAUCCCCGGUAUCAAGAAGAGAGUUGUCACCGUGAGAAAGUCGUUGUACGUCGACACCUCGAGACGUGCCACUGAACAAGUCAACUUGAAGUGGAUCGACACCGCCUCGAGAUUCGGUAAGGGUAGAUUCCAAACCCCCGCCGAAAAGGCCGCCUUCAUGGGUACCCUCAAGAAGGACUUGGAAAACUAA